CCCAAGAACCCUAGCAAUGAUGAGCAAUGCGCGAGGAUUUCUUCCAAGGUCUCUACCGCCCUAGCGCGCUGUGAUUCCACCUCCAUUCAUCUCUCUCGCUGUAUUUCUCCAGAGGAUAAUGAUUCGCGAGGAAGAUGCUCGGCGGCAACAGUGCGUUGAUCGCUGGAGGCGGGGGCGACGCGCCUCCUCCACCGGAUCAGAAUGAGGCUGCCGCGGCGGUGCUAGUAGCGGCGCAGGGAGGGGCGGGAUUGGGGAGCUCGGCGGCGCCGUCUGGAUCGCCUGCUGAAGCUGAUACCAGCGCCGCCAACAAUUUGGCUGGUUCUAGCAGCAGCAGCAGCUUGAUCAGGAGCAAUCCAUGGACGCCGCCUUCUCUGCCCGUUCCUAUCGCGCCAUAUCCAUCACAUCCUCCUCUUCUCCCAUUCCUUCCUCUUCCAGGUGCUCAAAGCCAGUUGAUUUGCAGUGGCUGUAGAACACUUCUCAUAUAUCCACAUGGAGCAACCAACGUCCGGUGUGCUCUGUGUAGCUGCAUCACGCCAGUUUCACCGCAAGGUAUGUUCCACUUCCUCCUUUGGAUUGCGGAUGUCUGGGUUUCUAGUUGUGAACGUCCAGGACCAGAGAUGGCACAACUUGUGUGUGGAGGAUGUCGGACUUUGCUUCUCUACAUCCGUGGAGCGACGAGCGUUCAGUGCUCGUGCUGCCACACAGUAAACGUUGCAAUGGAUGCGAACCAGAUAGCGCACGUAAACUGUGGAGGAUGCAGCACAACGCUUGUUUAUGCGUUCGGGGCACAAUCGGUGAAAUGCGCUUUGUGCCAAUACAUCACACCAAUCACUAUGAGCAAUGUGAGGUUUCCUUUCCCGCCGCACACGCCUCCUCCAUACAUGCCGCUGCUCCAAACUCAGGAAUUGCCGCAGCCUCGACCACAGCCUCAGACAGUCGUCGUUGAAAACCCGAUGACGAUUGACGAGAGUGGAAAACUGGUGAGCAACGUCGUCGUGGGCGUUGCAACGGAGAAGAAAUGAAACAAAUGUAUAUACAAUCAUCGAAAGAAAUGAUUACGGAAGAAUCGUUAAAUAGAUUAUAGCUUUGUCUUGUUCUUACUACAUGGAAUCCAUUCUGCUAUGUACAUUUUACAUGAUAAUGUAUAAUGUACAUACAGUUUCUUUGUGUCUUGUUCUUA